AAAUUUCUCCACCAUUUGCAAAACAAAAUGGCCGAUGCUCGCGGAGAGGCGUGUCGCGGAUUCUAGCGAGAUUUCAUCGACGAAAAUUCGUCUUAAACUCCAGUGAAAAGUUUUGGUGUUUUACAACUGCGGCGCCGGUCGUCGUGCGCGGCCGCCGUGUGGCCCUGGGGCUUCGCCCCACGCGUCUCGUCGCGCGCGUCUGGAGCCCUUGCUCCGUGAUCUCGUAAUAUCCCGCUAUAGAGGAUGUCGUCGCGACGCAAUGGAUCCAUGUCUCGAGCAGUCGAGGCUGCCUCGAAGAACCGGUUGCACAUGGACAGAAACCCACAGCAUUCACGAAUAACUGAUCCUUCAAAUCCGGCAGGCCGUCGUAAAGAGAUUGACAACGUGAUGAAGAGAGCGAGGCAGUCUUCGCCCGGCAGCUGGGAUAGGAAGCUGCUGGAAGUGGAGGAAAAGGACCCGAACAGGUGGCGACAUACUGGCUAUAAGCAGUUAUACCUGGAGAGGAGAUCCGGCUCGGGCUCACCCCGGCGUUCCAGGUCUCCUCCGCCGCCUCGGAAGUCUAGAUCUCCGGUCCGGCGCCGGACCCGCAGCCCUAUUCGCGCGCCCCGACACAGCCCUAGAAGGAGCCCUAUAAGGCGCAGUCCAGUCCGCAGAGCGAGGAGUCCGGUGCAGCGCCGCGAGCGACCCCGCCCCCCCUCGCCUCCUCCCAGAAAGUCAUCUCCAUCUGGCUCUUCAGCUAGCAGUUGCUCUGAUGAGUCAUGCUCUGUCUGUUCGGCUAAGAACAAGAAAGCACCUCCUCCGAAACCUGCACCCAAACCCAAAGCACCGUCUCCAGUCCGAGGUGCGGCCAGAGCGGUGCAACCGACAAGAGAGCUGCUUAAGGCCAGAGAAAAUAGUAAGAGAUCGAGAGAAGAGAAGGUCUUAGAAUGGCAACGGUCGCAGAUGAAGGUCCGCCCGGUUCCUCCUGCGGGUGCAAUUCCACCCACUCACAUCAAACGUGAGGGAGAGCGUCGUCCCCCGCGACCCCCCGCCGCCCCCGCCCCCGCCGCGCGCCCCGUGUCCCCCGGUGCCAUAGCGGCUGCGCUCAACGAUACGGACAGCGACAGUGAUUCCGAUGCCAGCUCUGAACCCCAGCCUCAGAGAAUCACAUUAUCAGAACGUUUCGGGAAGAUGGCGCAGUGGUCUGCGGAUAGAUCAGCUCGACUCGAGAACAUGAAGAUAACGAGACGCGAGAGCACCUUGCACGUGAGAAUAGAGGGACGACCAGAAUUGGAUGCUGCAGCUCCAGCCGAACCGUACCCUGGAGACCAGCCAGUGGGCAGUUACCCUGAGGAGUUACUGUCAGCUGCACCGGGAGGCUUGCCGUCAUGGGACGAUGUCCGUGUACGAUAUGAUUAUUACAAGAAGAGGGGAUAUCUCCGAGGUCUGACUUUGGGCGACUAUGUGAAAUGGGAGGAAUGGUGGUACAAAUAUCAGGAGUGGCUGAAACACGAGCGCGCCUACGAGCGUUGGGCCGAAGGGGACGUCGUGGGACCCAGUCGUCGGGAGCGUCGUCGUAGAGGCGGCCGACAUAAAAAGAGCUGAGGGCGCGCCGCCCCCGCCGCCGUGCUCGCUGUCGACCUCGGGGCGGGGGCCGCCACACACAACUAAAUAUGGUGUGUGAGCGUGAUAAAAAUGGACAAUAUGACAGCAAUACUAGUGUUUAAAUUGUGGUAUCUGUGAGAUACAGUCGAGAUAAAUAAUAAAAACAUUUUGUAGUGUUUAAUGAAGUCUGCUUGUGCGUACACAUGCAAGCGGAUAAAGAUUGUUAGUGCUAAUUUAUAUAAAGUGAAAUUGGAAGUAUUCAGUGAAAAUGAAAGAAUACUUGUCUACGUAUUGUAGAAUUUUUAUAACAAAUAAUGUGUGACUAGUAAGAAUUGUUUACUACAAUCUUGAUAGUGAAAUAUUUAUGUAUCUUUGAUAUCGGACAACGUUGAGAGAACAUUUAGAUUACUUAGUAGUAUUAUUAAUGUAGUACAAUGUUUUACUAAUUAAUAGUAGGAAGUUAAUUUUUCUAUUGUUUUAGUACUGACCGAAUGAACUAAUAUAAUUGUCGAAUGCACGAAAGAGUAAGAAAACAUGUAGCUAUCUCUGUCUUUCUCUCACCCGCCCGUUGUGAUGUCAGACUUUUGUUUAAACUACCAUCAUGUAGACUAAUUGAAUGGUUUUGUUGUAAAUAUUAAUCAGCCAUUUGUUUUUUAGAGAACCAAUUAAGGUUCUUAUAAAUUUUUUUGUUAUUGUUAACGAACUUUAUCCUAAUUUAGUAGGAGGUAGUUACUCAAAUAUAAUCAGAAUAUAUCAUGAAAUUAUUUAUCUAUAUUAAUUUUGAGUCACAAGAAAUUAAAAAACCUGUGUAUCUCGUAGUAAAAUUUAAACAAAUCUUCAUGACGCCUUGUUUAUUUGCAGACCUCAUUGCUUGAAAUGGAAUAAGGAAUUACAGUUGAUUAACAUAUUGAAUUAAAAAUUGUUCUACCGAGUAAAUAACAUAAUGAGUAGUAUAAGUAAUGUCAUAUAUUCGAGAUGGUUUAACAAAAUCUAUCCCAUCGUAUACAUAAUAAAGCUAAGCAAACUUUGGGACAGUUUAUAACAGACUUAACCUCUAACAGUAAUGUUUGCCUUGUAGUUGACAAAAUAAACCUGGCCGGAAUUAGAUAUCACAUGAUUUUGAAACAUCAAAUUCUGGUCCGGACUCAGAGCCAACCCUUCAAAUGUCCAGUCACACUGAUGUUCUGCCAAGAUCCGACAUUGUGAUCAUGAAAUCACUUUCUUUUGAUAUAAUAUAACAAAUAUGACAUGUUUUUCUUUAACCAUUUUAAUGCUGAGUUUACUUUCACAUGUUUUUUCAGAAGUUGCUAAAGCACUUUUGAAAAGAAGAAUCUUAAAAAAAACUAAACAAAAAAAAAAUUAAAUAGAAAAUCAAUGCUAAAUUCUCAAAUUAAGUCGAUCGUUAUCCACAUUAUAACUGUAAAUAAAUAAUUGCUUGUAAUCAUGAAUGUUGUUUUGAUGAAAAAUCUUAGUAUUUUUUUGCAUCAUUUUCUGGCAUCAUUUUUUGGCAACAUUAUUGUAAAUAUAUAUCUAUAUUUAUCGCAGCGGGUGGGUGCUAAUGGUAGAAGGGAAUCUGACGAAUACUUGGAUUUCGCUGACUAUAUUUACAAAACAAUAUUAGAUAAACAUAAUAUUUGGCGUACUCCCUCUAGCUGGUGGAUACAUCCUCGAAUUUUCUUCCUUGAUAA